AAACGCGAUUGCUGUCUACUGCCACCACUGCCAUAACGAACAUUGACCAAGUAGAUCAAGGAGGUGACAUUUUAACCUGGAAAAACUACUUCUACGCGAUGUAACGUCGUCAAAAUAACUAAAUACCAAGGUUUUUUAGUUAUAAACUUACUAUGAUGGCUGACAGCUGGUGGAUGUUUAAAGGAAUUCUGUUCUUGUGGCUGUACUAUGUUGGCUUUUGUUCGUCCUUUGAGAAUAAUCAAGUUUGUGUGGAAACUAAUUGUAAUGGUACCUCAUGUAACCACUGUUAUGAUUAUGGCUGGGCAAGUUUCGGUACACUCAUUCCAACUCCAUAUUUAAUGGGUGUUGUGGUAUUAGCUAACCCCAGAGAAGCUUGUAAGCCAGUCAAGCCUCUAAGUAGCUAUAAUCAGUCAGGUUACUCUGGAAAUUGGUUUCUACUCAUUGAUGUGGGUGAUUGUGAUUUUGAUAAGAAGGGGGCCUAUGCUACUGAAGGAGGCUUUAAUGCUGCUAUUAUCAGGAGUUUAAAGAGUGAUAGUAUUGAACCAAUAGGAGGUGGCUCAGAUGAUAGAAAAGUGGAUGUUCCUGUUGUUUACAUAGGAGAGACUACUGGUCAAGAGCUGGAAAAGAAUGAUUUUAGCAACCAACCGAGCAAAAGGAUCCUUCUAACUCCACAAGAGUUUCCUCAGAUAUGGGAUUAUGAAUUCUAUAUGAUUCCCUUUGCAAUCAUUGUAGGAAUCUGUUUUAUUCUGAUGGCUAUGUUUAUGAUCAGCCGCUACUACAGGCAUUACCUAGAGCAGCGACGUAACAGGCUUUCACCAACAAACCUGAAAAAAAUUCCGACUAAAAAGUUUAAAAAAGGUGAUGAUUACUAUGACGUGUGUGCCAUUUGUUUGGAAGAAUACAAAGAUGGUGAACGACUUCGAAUACUUCCUUGUGAGCAUGCGUAUCAUUGCAAAUGUGUAGAUCCGUGGCUCACAGAGGGGAAGCGCACAUGCCCAGUGUGCAAACGACCCGUAACACAUGACAACAGAACAAGAAACAGGCCUCGAAGAACUGACGUGGAGGCAACAGGAGAGUUGACUAAUGAAGCCGAUGAAACAACUCCACUUAUUGCAUCAACUGCCAGCACUUCCAACUCUAUGACAGUAUAGUCAAGAACUUUUCUUAGUACUUUGCAGAAACAGAAUGAUCUUUCCCUUAGAAAGAACUGAUGUACUGGCCACAUCUUUCUUGUAAGCACAAAGGCUCAUAAAAGAGAAGCUUUACCACUGACAUGCUGGUAGUAUCUAUCUAGGCAUGUUGUCUGCAGAUGCUCGAGUGGUCAAAAAAUUUUGAGAUUUUAAGGCUUUUUUAGACAAGAGAAAUGAUACAUAUCUGCAAGUACACCAUAUUUAUUAUUCUUAGGGUUAGUUUUUCAUUCGGCUGAUCUUUAAAGAGCGUUAAGAAAUCUACUGAAAACUUACUUGCCUCCUUUCAUUGUUCAUAGUACAGUUUGGAGGAUUUAACCCUCAAAUUAAUAUUUCUUUUUGGUUAUCCUUUCCAUAGAUGUGAUGUCUUUUAUUUUGGGGUUUCAAAAGGCAACAAUACAAGUUGAUCACUUUGAACAGAGUACUUAAAAUUGGUCAUACCAGGUACCACCAUUGUAAAAUGAAAGCUAAAAUAUGGGAAUUGUUAGCAAAUUUAUCAGAACAAAGCACCACAAAACUAGUUUAUCAAUUAUGAGAUAUAAGUUUAUAGACUGCAUUGAACUUUGGAAGGUGUAGAGAACUGUGGGAAUCUCCCCGUGUCCAUGAACUGGCUUACCUUUGAUAACGUUUUUGUACAUAAAAUAAAUAAUGAAAUGCAGUGUAAUUGCUAAAAUUAUGUUACAUUAUUUGCCAAAGGCAGACUGAACAUUGACGAAUACUUGAAGAGACAGACGUAAAUUAGCUAUUUCAAAAAUGUAUUUACCAGCUGUCACUGAGCCUCAGGCAAAUAAUUGUUGUAGUGUGAAUAACUAUGAUGUUGAGUGGUGAAUAUAUAAAACUAGAAAGUAAUGAUUUUAAAACAUUGAUUGAUGGUGAUUUAUUGGACAGUUUUUUUUACCAUCUGUUAAGAGUAGCUCUGGUCUAAACAGAAAAAAAUUUCAGUCACUCAAUCUUUGAACGAUGUCUUUGUCUCUUCAAAGUAAAUACAAUUUCAUUCCUAACUGACCACUAUGUUUACAAACUUUGGUGACAAGUGCAGCUAUGCUCAGUAACCAAGCCUUGAAAUGGCAGACAGUAAAUAUCUCGACCAAUCAGAAUUUCACCUCUGGAGAUUAUAUUACAGAAUAUUAUUAGCUAUAGUAGGAGAAAAAAAUGUGUUUGUGUCAACUUGAGGGCAUGGUAACCUUACUCUUUGUACCUGGUAGUUAUUUCCCUGUCCGUGAUGCUAUAUUCAUUAAAACCGGUAUACUUAAUCAUAACAUGUGAUAAGAUUCUUUUGGUGUAACUUACUUUAUAGUGGUGUUGUCUUCAAAUGAAACGAAACAGCUUGCGUUAAAGCUGGAUAUUAAUCCAUUGUAAGGUAGUUUAUCUGGUUUAUUAAUUGAAUUUUUAACGUAACUUGCUGUGUAGAAAAUACACGCUUGAUAGUUGUUUUGUAGGGGUGCAUUUCCCUUAUAAAUUGUUACCCUUCUGUGGAUGGUAAGCUGAAGUCAUCCAGAUAACUGAGAUUCCAUGAUUGUAAAUAUCUCAAUACUGAAUCUGGCAGAUAAGAGCUUGGUAAAUUAGAAUCAGUCACCAUAUUUACUGGCUUAGUAACUUCAUUGAAGAAGUAUAUCUUGCUUUUCUAACAGUCUUGAUUUUAAAAAAUCUACCAGUCUACCCGUGAAAAAGGCUGUGUGUGGUCACAGGUUUUAGAAUCCUUUUACUGUUACCGUUAACUUUCAGAUGCAUUGUAUAAUUAUUAAAACUGUGAAAUACGUU